AAAAAACAAAAAAGAUUGGUAUUCUGUCCCCACGCUCAUCCUCUCCACUUCCUUCUGCUGCUCAAUCUCACCAACUCCAAGGCCCUGAGAAAAGAUGUUCAAUGGAGAGUGAUUUAAAUUCUUAGAUCCUAUUGAGUGUAAUUUCAAGUUUUCAAUGAGCAAGUCUGUGAAGUGUUGCUAACUUGCAUGGGAAUUUUCAAGCACAUGCUUCCCAUUAUCAAGCAUGGUUUUCAAGGAUUCGUGUUAUCACAUACGUCGACAGAACUAUCUUUAAAGCCCCCUCUUUGUCCAUCAUAUUCUGCAAAAAUCUUUUCUUCCUGUAGUUUAUCAUCAGAAUCCUCAGUAAAGAUUCACUCAUUAAAACAAGAUCAAGAAGUGGUGAUUGCUCUUGGGAGUAAUGUGGGUGAUAGAGUCGGCAACAUCAAUGAAUCUCUGCAUUUGAUGAAGAAAUCUGGCAUUCAAAUAACCAGACAUGGUUGCUUGUACGAGACUGAGCCUGCUUAUGUGACUGACCAGCCCUUAUUUCUCAACUCUGCCAUUAGAGCCACUACAGAGCUCGGACCGCAUGAAUUGCUAAAAUUGCUCAAGCAAAUCGAGAAGGAUUUAGGUCGGACAAAGGGAAUACGGUAUGGUCCAAGACCAAUUGACUUGGAUAUUUUGUUCUAUGGGGCGUCAGAGAUCAACUCUGAGGAUCUUACCGUGCCUCAUGAGCGUAUGUGGGAGAGACCCUUUGUAGUGGCUCCUCUGAUUGAUUUGCUUGGAUCAUCCAUUGACACUGAUACUGCAGCAAGUUGGCAUUCCUUGACUAAAUACAAUGGUGGUCUGUUUGAAUUAUGGGAAAAACUGGGUGGUGAAUCAUCAAUUGGAAAGAAUGGAAUGAGAAGAGUUUUGCCCAUAGGAAAUAGUAUAUGGGACUGGUCAAAGAAAACCCAUGUGAUGGGUGUUCUCAAUGUGACUCCUGAUAGUUUCAGUGAUGGUGGGAAAUUUCACGAAGUGGAAGCUGCAGUUUCUCAGGUCAAGUUGUUAAUCUCAGAAGGAGCAGACAUUAUCGAUAUCGGUGCCCAAUCUACACGCCCAUUUGCUAGUAAGCUCUCACCAAACGAAGAAAUUCAGAGGUUGAUUCCAGUGUUAGAUGCAAUUGUCCAAAUUCCAGAGAUGGAAGGGAAGCUGUUAUCAGUAGACACCUUCUAUGCUGAAGUUGCAUCGGAAGCGGUGAAGAGAGGUGCGCAUAUUGUUAAUGAUGUCUCUGGCGGGAAGCUUGAUCCUGAAAUUCUUCGUGUAGUUGCAGAACUUGGGGUACCUUAUGUUGUCAUGCAUAUGAGAGGCAAUCCAAGCACAAUGCAAUCUGACAAAAAUUUACAUUAUGAUGAUGUUUGCAAAGAGGUAGCUUCAGAAUUAUAUGAUCAGGUUAGAGAAGCAGAGCUGUCGGGGAUACCCUUAUGGAGGAUCAUCAUUGACCCUGGCAUUGGAUUCUCUAAGAAAUUAGAGCAGAACCUGGAAAUUCUCAUGGGUCUAUCAUCCAUUCGAAGAGAGUUAGGAAGAAAUAGUUUUGCUGCCUCACAUGCACCUAUAUUGCUUGGGCCUUCCCGAAAGAGAUUUUUGGGUGAGAUUUGUGGUCGCAGUGAUCCUGUUGAGAGAGAUCCUGCAACCAUAGCUGCUGUCACGGCAGGGAUUCUCGGCGGUGCUAAUAUCAUAAGGGUGCAUAAUGCCAAGGGUAGCCUGGAUGCUGCAAAGGUCUGUGACGCGAUACUUAAGCAAAGAGAAAAGAGUCUUUUUUGAUCAGCAAAAUAGAAAUUGAGAACUUAGUUGUGCAUCGGCAAAAGGAAUUAUUCCACAAGGAACUACACUAGUUAUGGCAGAAGCUAAUGAAUGUAGCCCUCCAAUAAAUUGAUUGUUGCAGGUCAAUUUCACACUGAUAAUGCACAGCUUUUUAUUUUGCCAUUUUUCGGUUCUUGAUUAUGUUGUAAGUGAUAUUUUUAAAUUCAGGCUGCGUUUUGGUCAGCUUUGCAUCUGCACUUUGUUUUCUGUAUUCUAUUUUUUAAUUUAUUUCUGUAGUUUUUGAAAUUGGAAGAGGGAAAAUAAUUAAAUGGCCAUCUGGAUUUUCCUUGAUGA